AUGGAUCUUCUAUCUGUUCUCCCAGACUUCUCGACGAAAUCAUAUGCACAUAUUAUACCUCCGCUCGAGCGAAGUAAGAUUACCACCGUCGACCUCAUCACGCUCGAGACGCUCGAGAUCGCGAAACGCGCCCAUGUGCCCCCGGCAGACGUGCGGCGGCUCUCCGCCCAGGUCAUCGAGGCGCUCCACGCCGACCUUGGAUUUGAGAAGAGCCGAGCAGACAUAGGACCAUCCUCAGAUGCUGAGCCAAGCUCCAGCAUCAACCCAGAUACAGUUACCGCCACACCCGGGCCUUCCACGAAGCUCCAGGCGUCGCGAUGGAGCACGAUCAGCACGCUAGACCCCGCAAUGGAUGCACUCCUGGGAGGUGGGAUACCAAUGGGAUAUGUGACGGAGGUAACGGGCGAAAGUGGCAGCGGCAAGACCCAAUUCCUCCUCAGCCUUCUUCUGGCGGCUCAAUUGGUCGAGCGAGAUGGCCUACCGUCGCAGGCUGUAUACAUCUCAACUGAACACCCUCUCGCAACAAGUCGCCUCUCACAAAUGCUCGAAUGCCACCCACAACUAUCCACCCUCCCCGCCAACAAGGCGCCGACUCUCGAGAACAUUCUUGCCAUCAACGCGAUGGACCUGGAAUCCCAAGACCACAUCCUCAACUACCAGCUUCCCGUCGCUCUGGCAAAUUAUAACGUUGGCCUGGUGAUCAUUGAUUCUGUCACGUCCAAUUAUCGUGUCGAACACUCCUCUAACACUAUCCUCGCCAUCUCUACCCGUUCCACCGAGCUUGCCAAGCUAGGACAAUUGUUGCGCAACCUUGCCGCAAAGGAAAACAUUGCCAUUAUAUUAGCGAAUCAAGUCUCCGAUCGAUUUGAGCCCGUGGAGGGUAUCGGUGCCGAUCCGGCUUCGCGAUCAGGCUUUCCAUCGAUCCAGAGCCAGAGUGCUGUGGCGCGUGAAGCCGGGACUUCAUCGCCGUUACAGAGGACCAGAUCGGACAAUACUGAUCAAUUGUCCCAGUUUAGCCAAGGGCCUUCCUCAUCCCAGGCAAUUCCAUCAUCUUCGUACCAUGCCCCAGAUGAUGAGAAAUUUGAUGGCUCAUAUAUCAUCGAAAACCCCGCUCGGAAUAGUAUUCUGAGCCUGGUACAUCAAGAGCGGUUUUUCACCGGAUGGGGUGAUGGUUCGCACUUUGAAAGGAAUCUCAAGACCCCGGCGUUGGGAUAUUUUUGGUCGACACAGAUUGCUUGUCGAAUUGCUUUGAAGAAGGAGGAAAGACGCUCGGUGGCUGCGCCUUGGGAUAGUGGUGCUAUUUCCUAUCUGGCUCCUACCCCUACAGAAAAGGAGGAUUCUCAAGAGAACAGCGUGGAGGCAACAGUGAACAAACACACCACUGUCAGUUCCUCAGCCAGUGACGCCCAUACCGCCAAGUCCGAAGGAGAUUCUAAGCUGGCCAACGAGACGGAUCAGCCCCCAAGUUCCAUUAACAAGGGAACUCCUUUGCCAAUACCUAUGGAGCCUCCUGCAAUUGAGCACAGUACACGGCGAACCAUGAAACUCGUUUUUGCCCCCUGGACAGCUGGUGCGCAAGAUCCCGGCGCGAACGAAAGUCAAGAUUGGGGACAGACAACAGGUAGAAGGGCUAACAAGGUGGAUUUCGAGGUAUGGGAGGGAGGCUUACGGAGCUUACGUUCUGAGAAUUGA